AAGGUAAUGCCGCAGAACGGGUUAAUAGAUCGGUAUUGCAGAUGGUUCGCUCGUACAUAAAGAACAAUCAAAGGAAUUGGGAUAGGCAUAUAACUGAUGCGGCAUUUGCACUUCGUAGUGUAGUCCACUCCGCAAUCAACUGCUCCCCAUACUUUGCUACGUUCGGUAUGCCAAUGGUGCAACAUGGUGCAUCGUAUGAGAUAUACCGGAAGCUCGGCACUAUAGGGGAUGCGGAUUGCCAGGUAGAGGCGAAGGCAGACCGAUUACAGCUCAUACGCGAAAAGUUAAUGAAAGAACUGAAGUUGGCUCACGAAAAAAGCAUGAAAGUAUACAACACAAGAAGUAGAGAUGUUAGAUUUAAAAUUGGACAGGUGGUAUACCGCCGAAAUUUCCGACAGAGUUCCCAAAUCGAUAAUUAUAAUGCUAAACUUGCGCCCAAACAAGUUAGAUGCAUCGUUUUGAAGUCUAUUGGAAAUUCCAUGUAUGAACUGGGCGACACUAGUGGGAAGAAAGUAGGGGUAUACCAUGCCAAAGACAUAUUUGUGGCGUAGUGUUUGUGUGGUCACUGUGUCCUGUUUGAUAUUAAUUCGUUGCUUCAUUUAUUUUUUAAGUGUCGUCAUGGUGUUAACUUAUUUUUAUUUUUGGACUUAGAUAUUUAUCAACUUUGACGUACAAUCUAGCUUACUACACAAGGUGUAAGCUAGAUUGGGAAUUAUAUGCAUUUGACUUACAUACAUAUACUUCUCUAUUAUUGACGUAUUGU